GUGCGUAUGGAUGAGCCCAACGCAUGCGUGACUGUCAGGGCGUGAGGCCCCGCAGAAAAAUAUAGCUGCCCUGCAGUACGGUCAAACUGGCAUUCUCGAUCAUAUGUCAAAGGGUACACGAGAAUCUACCCAGAUGGGCUGCAGGAAAAGAGUCUCCUCCUGGACGGUAGAGGAAGUGCAUGACUGGAUCAAGGGGCAGUACCCUUCCCAUCAGUCCACCUUCCUGCUUGCUGUUGGCCAUCAUGCCAUUUCAGGGCGAGCUCUGCUGAGGAUGAACGAGGGAGCGCUGGAGAGGAUGGGGGUGAAGCCGCAGCAGCAGCAGGAGAUCCUGCAGGACAUUCUGUUGCUGAAGGUCCAGGAGGAGCUGGAGAACCUCAACGACAUCUUCAUGGAGUGUUUCUCCUCGUGACCAGAAGAAGAAGUCAGGGAUGAUCUCAUUUGUUCUUGAGUGUGUGUAGAGGGAGAAGGGAAAAGAAAAAAUAGCUUUCAGAAUCAUUGACCUGAAGAAGACAGCGAGAUUGGUUUUGGCACAGUGGUAUUUUCUCUGACACUUCUCUGAAUCAAGCUCCUGUUUUUUUUUUUUUUUCUCGCUCUGCGCACCUCUCAUAGUCCUAUUUUUACGAUGCUCAAUAGACUGUCUGGCUCUAGUUGCAAAAGGAAAACAUGUCUUCACAUUUAACCAAAGAAUACACUGCAUCUCUCAUCUGGACAAAAUGCCACUAUGAAAUAGUCAGAGCUGAUUUUGGUAGCUAAUGGCCUGCUGCAUUACCCUCGUGAGACCCCCUGCAUAUUAAAAUGGAUAGAAAGCAAAUUAGGCAGGAGAUUCAUGCACUUGCACAUGGCCACAAUUUAGAUAACAGCCAAAUGCAUCUACUACACCUAUUAAAUUGUACAAGGGAAUGUAAUGAGAAAUAUCUUUUAUGAGAGUUGUUUCUGACGAGGACAAAAUGGCUUUGUAGCAUUUAAUUUUUUGCUGAAAGUGUUUAUAUCAGUGUUUAUAUGGCAGGGUGGGGAGCUGUGCGCACAAAGGUCUGUUGACUAAAACUAAUGUCUCUGCUCAGCAGUUAGUUU